UCAGAGCUAGCUGUUGGCAAGUUUUUCUAGCCCAGAAAGAGACACAUUAUCACGGAAUGCUAAGUCUUCCCCUAAAUUCUGCUAUGGAACCAGAACCCACAAGCUCAGAAAGCAAAGGCAUUAAUUGGGACAUAAAUGAUAUGAAGCUUCCGCAGGAUCCAGAACAAACUGAUUGGUUCCAGGAGUGGCCUGAUUCAUAUGUAAAGCACAUUUACAGCUCCUCCAGUAGAAAUGCACAGAGACAUUUAAGUGGGUGGGCAAUGCGGAACACCAAUAAUCACAACUCACGUAUUCUGAAGAAGUCCUGCCUUGGUGUUCUUGUGUGUAGCAGUGACUGUACAGCCCCGGAUGGAAGAAAGGUAUAUCUGAGGCCUGCUAUAUGUGACAAGGCACGGCAAAAGCAGCAAAGUAAAAAUUGCCCAAAUUGCAGUGGACCUUUGAAAUUAAUUUCUUGCCGGGGUCACGGUGGAUUUCCAGUUACCAAUUUCUGGAGGCAUGAAGGGCCAUACAUAUAUUUUCAGACAAAGGGAGUUCACGACCACCCAAAGCCAGAAACAAAACUUGAGUCAGAAAGUAGAAAGGCUGUGCAUAAGAAGCGGACUGCAAUUGUAACCACCACCCUUGGACUAAAAAGGAGCAGGAAUGAUGAGGCUCUCGCAGGUGAAAAAUCUGAUCAGGAGAACCAACCUGGCCGGCAGGACUCUCAAGCUCUGCUAUAUGAUUUCAAUGACAUGGAUAUGGAUCACUCGGAAACAGAGAACAUGCUCAACAACUGCCUUACCAACUAUCAUUUUGGGAAGGAUUCAAAUCAGGGGGAAAAUAUAAGUGACCCAGUAUGGAGCAAAAAUCUGAGCAGAGACACCCAGAAUGACAGCAAUCAAUGCAUUGGAGGCGAGUUUAUAAGUUCGGCUAUGGAAUUUGAUUUUUACAGUGAAGAUCAACAAAUGUGGAGCAAAGUUUUCUUUUCCAAAAAUCCACAUACACAACCACUAGAAUACCAAUGUUGGGAAAAAUCACCUUUGCAUAGCUGCCAUGCCUUAAAUAACCAACACAUUUCCAAUGCGGAACCUUCAAUAAUGGAUGGCCUUCUAAACUUUAAAUCCAACGUGGAUGAUGUACAUGAAGCAAUGUUGCAAGUGAACCAUAACAAUAGUGUAUCUUCAUCAGCAGUCUACCGCCUCUGCCAGGAGGACUCCUAUAUACAUAGAUACAAUCCCAAUCAUUUUUCUCCAAUCCUAUAACUGAGUUUAAGGAGUGAAAGAAGGUCCUCAUUCAUUUUUCUAAUGACACCAUCAGCUCAUGGAUUGCCUGUAGUAAUGAGUAACUUUUCUGAAUAGCUUCUGUUUUAUUACCCAUUUGUUUUUAUACUGUCAGCGCAUGAAAAGACUAUUGCUGGAACUGUUUUGGCUUGUUUCCCCUGCAGUAAUUAUAAAGUAGAAUGAAAGAAAAAUAUUAUAUCACCCUUUUCUUCAUCGUAUUUCAUCUGUGGUGGAGAGGCACAUCUCUAAUGUUUAUGAAAUUGUACGAAUGUUCCGCCACUGAAAAACAUAAAUCACUUUGAGAAUAGUUGAGUCACACUUGGUGCGAGGAAAUCAAACCACAUUUUAUUUUUGUCAAAAAAACUUAUGUGACUAUUUUAAAAGCAUUUUAUACGUUUCUGUUAUCACCGCUCAAAAGAAUUCUUGUUUUAUUUGGUGUUUAUGAAAACAUUUAGAUGCAGGAUAAACACUGAAUAACCUCUCCUAUAAUCUGAAACAACAGAGUUGUUUUAUGGCCACCCACUGCACAAAUGAAAGGCACAGAAACAAUACACAUUUAUUGUUUUAAAAAAAUUGUGAAUUGAUGGGAGAGAGAGAGAGAGUAAGAAACAUUUAUAUAAACAUCUGUAUUAGAGAUAAAAAAAAGGAUUUUUUUCAAGAUUAAUCCCAGCAAGAUUCAAGAUUCCAAUUCAUAUAUUCGUGGGUCAUCUAAUUCCAAUCAACCUACCUUAUGGUGACCAUUAACUUAAGGGCUUUCUUUUUUAUUAUAUAUAUGUGUGUGUGUAUGACUGGUUUAACUACCUAUGCUUCAUGAAUUUAGUGGCCAUGUGAUGGUGACAUACAUUUGUGACACCACUUUUGGUAGGUGAUCCAGUUCAAUGCAUCUCUUUCUUCAUUUCAGGUGUUUUGCUCUAAUGGACAAUAAUGUGAAUUUUAUCCAGUCCUAAUUGCCUGCAUUAUUGCUUCUGCCCCUAAAGAAGACCCCAGUAAUUUUCCACGGGUUGAAAUGCAUUGGCUUUGUCCUAAAGUAGCUAUCAAUAAAGUCAUUAACUUGUAA